UAAAAAUGAAGAGAAGAACAGACCCUGAAUAUGGCAGCCCACAGAAAAGGCAGAAAAAAAGGAUAGAAGAGUUGGGUUUGACUCUUAGUUCCACAUCAGAUGAUGAAACCCAACUUAAUAUUAACCAUGCAAUUCAAGAUUCUUCCACGAGCAGCAGUGAAUCUGAUAGUGAGAACAGUGCGAGGCGGCCUACUCUUGGCACUUUCAGCAAUAAAUUCAAUGCAGAUUCUCUUGUGGAGGGCACAUCUUCCCGCUACUCAAUGUACAACAGUGUGUCCCAGAAGCUCAUGACUGUUUUUGAUGUGCUGGAUGGAGAGGAGAUGCGUCGAGCUCGUACAAGAUCCAAUCCCUAUGAGAUGAUCCGCGGAGCCUUCUUCCUAAACAGAGCUGCAAUGAAGAUGGCAAACAUAGAUUAUGUCUUCGACUACAUGUUUACAAACCCAAAGGAUUCCCAUGGGAAACCACUAAUUAAAGAGCGUUCUGCUGAACUGCUAUAUUUUGCUGAUGUAUGUGCUGGCCCUGGUGGUUUCUCAGAAUAUGUCCUCUGGAGGAAGAAGUGGCAUGCAAAAGGUUUUGGGAUGACCUUAAAAGGACCAAACGAUUUCAAAUUGGAGGAUUUCUAUGCUGCAUCUAGUGAGCUUUUUGAGCCUUACUAUGGUGAAGGGGGUGUUGAGGGAGAUGGCGACAUCACCCGUCCUGAGAACAUAUCUGCCUUUCAGCAGUUUGUGCUGGACAACACAGAUCAGAAAGGGGUGCAUUUCUUAAUGGCCGAUGGGGGCUUCUCAGUAGAAGGGCAGGAAAACAUCCAAGAGAUCUUAAGCAAACAGCUGACACUUUGUCAAUUCCUCACAGGACUCUCUGUUAUACGGACAGGAGGGCACUUUCUCUGCAAAACCUUUGACUUAUUCACACCAUUCAGUAUUGGCCUUGUGUAUUUGUUGUAUUGCUGCUUUGAACGUGUAUCAAUCUUCAAACCUGUGACAAGCCGUCCCGCCAAUUCGGAAAGGUAUGUGGUAUGCCGUGGUUUAAAAACUGGAAUUGAAGAAGUGAGGGACUAUCUUUUCACAGUGAACAUGAAAAUCAACCAGCUACGCAACUCUGACCAAGAUGUUAAUCUUGUUGUUCCUUUGGAAGUAAUCAGAGGCGAUCAUGAUUUCUAUGACUACAUGAUCCGCUCAAAUAAAAGAUUCUGUGCUGUUCAGAUUAAAGCCCUGGCCAAAAUUCAUGCCUUUGUUCAAGACACGACUUUGAAUGAAGCACGUCAGGCUGAUAUCCGAAAAGAAUGCCUCCGACUUUGGGGGAUUCCAGACCAAGCCCGAAUUGCUCCAUCCUCUUCUGAUCCCUUGUCCAAAUUCUAUGAACUAACUCAGGGUACUAACAUAGAGAUCUUUAGUUAUAAAUCAACUCCUCUCAACUCAAAAACUUUGCACAAAAUUCGACCCGUGCUGGAUUACAGAUGCAUGGUAUCGGGAAAUGAGCAGAAGUUCCUUCUGUCAUUAGGGAAGUCUCAGAUAUACACUUGGCUUGGUCGCCAAUCGGAUCGCUGGACCAAACUGGAAUUGAAGAUAGAACUGCCACGGGAUACACUUCUUUGUGUGGAAAUUGUUCCUGAGCUGAAAGGAGAGGGCAAAGCCCAGCGAAAAAUCAACGCCAUCCACAUCCUGGACGCUUUGGUGCUGAAUGGCAGUAAUGUUAGAGAGCAGCAUUUCAAUCAGCGAAUUCAGUUGGCAGAAAAGUUUGUGAAAGCUGUCUCUAAACCUAGCCGCCCAGAUAUGAGUCCCAUCAGAGUGAAGGAAGUGUACAGGCUAGAGGAUAUGGAAAAGAUCUUUCUGAGGUUAGAAAUGAAGGUUAUCAAGAGUUCAGGUGGAAUCCCACGGCUAUCCUACACUGGUCGUGAUGACAGGCAUUUUGUACCUUUUGGAUUGUACAUUGUUCGGACUGUCAGCGACCCCUGGACGAUGGCAUUCAGCAAAACCUCUAACAGAAAGUUUUUCUACAAUAAGGCAACACGGCUUGCCACGUACGAACUGCCUCCAGAGUCUGUAGCACCAUUUCACAUUUGUUACUUUGGUCGCCUCUUCUGGGAAUGGGAUGAUGGUAUCAAAAUGCACGACUCUCAGAAAAAAGAAGAUUCAGAGAAACUAUCGAAAGAAACUGUUCUAUCCUUCAUCAGACAACAUUUCACCCUGUGAUUACUCUCUCGUCACAUCUUAGGGUAUGGGGAAUGACCCAGGUGUGGAAUAGUCAGCAGGGAGCCACAGAGAAAAAUACUUUUCAAAGUGGUUCGAUUGGAUGAUAAGGACUUGGUCCAAGAGAAAUAGGAGAAAGCUUUGGAUUGGAAACCGUGCAGUAUAUAAGUACCUGCUUCCUGGCCACAUUAAGACUAGAGCAGUGCACGUUCUUCUGAAUGGAUCAUCACUGGAUCUUCUAGGGCUUCCCCCCUCCUCCGGACAACUGGGCUCUACUAGUAGGCAACAAAAGAAGAGGAUGCAUUGAACACGUGACAUUUUGUAAAAUGGAAGGCCAGACAACUUUUGACAAAACUAAAGGACAGAAAAAUGAAUAUACUUUUAAUAAUCUUUCUUGUUCCUUUCUCUGUGAAUCCACUGAGAAGUGUACUUGGUUUUUGUAAUUUGGCUUGUGAAUGCAGCCUAGAAGUUUUUGAGAGUUCAGGUCUUAGCAGGAAGGAACCAGACAGCUAAAGUUUUUGAAUUAGUAAUUUAGGUACAAAGUUGGACUUUCAUGCUUCUAUGCAAGUGAAUAUAUUAUGCUUUUUCUCACGCUCCACCUUCAAAUAUGGCAGUCCAAGUAUUUUCCUCUCUGAAUUCUAUACCCAGUACUUUCCCUUCAGAAAGUAAAGGAGAUUUGCAAUUUAGAGAAUUGGCUUUAGAGGAACUAUAUAAAUUAGAUCCCGUGAAAGAGCUGCAUACUUCUAAAGAGAGCAUCUUCUUUUAGCCUUCAGAAGUUUAAAACUGAACCUUUGCACACAUUGGCAAGAAGAUAUUGAUUUUGUAAUUGAGAGUGUUGCCUAGGUUGUGUCUUAAAAGAAAUACGACUGUCCUGUAAGUGAAGGCAUCAUCCAGGUCUCAGCUCCUAAAGAAAAUGGUCAAAAAUGGAUUUGAUGUGGGAAAGCAGAAGUUUCUAUAUAGAUUUUAUCUCCAUUAAAGUUGACUAGCACAGGAGAAAUUUUAAAUUCUACAUACUGUAGAAAUGAGCAAAAUAUUUGAAUUCAAGAUGUUUUGUGAUUGAAAGAAUUGUUCUAUGUUUAGAAUGGUGGUUCUUACUGGAACUGUUCAAGUCUGAAAACAAUUUUGUUCAAGUUUGAAAUAGUUUUAUACUUACAAUGGGAUGUUUCAGAACACUUAGAAUGUUUGAAACCACUGUUUUGAACUCACAAUAUUUUGAAUUCAGAAAUGUUUGCACAUUGCCAGUAAAUCUUAAUCUUGGCUAAAAGAAAUAGUUCUAGCUUUCA